AUGUUGGGCUUAACGCUGUCCAACGUCCUUGAUGCGUUCGUUUACUUAGGCCAAGCCGAUCCGAUAGCAUUUUUGGAGGUGCCCUUCUACUGGAAAAGCUUAACCCUUCAAAUACUUGGGCUGUUUAUCUGUCUGUUUGCAGAUGCCAUACUGAUCUAUCGAGGCUGGUUGAUAUGGGGCCAGAGCUGGACAGCCAUCGCCUUACCUGUUGUCAUGUUUAUGACCAGUAUUGCCGUGUUCAUAUUCAUUGUGGUCGAACUGACCCGAACUGCAACGUACUUGCCAUCUGACGCACUCAAGUUAUAUCACGGCCUCGACGCUUUCAUCGUUCUCACUAUGGUGCAGAAUGUUACUGUCACCAGUAUGAUCGCCUACAGGCUAUGGCGAAUGGAUGCAGCAACUGCCACCUAUCGGAGUUUCACAGGCUUACUCCCUAUUGUGUGGAUCAUGGUAGAAUCCGGACUCCUAUACACGGCGACUCUUCUGGUAUUUUUGGUUGUCAACUUUGUCGCCCCUUGGGUAUCAGUCAUCAUGUCUGCAAUUUUGUGUGGGACAAUUGGCAUCACGUUCUCAUCCAUCAUUGUCCGUUGCGGUAUCUCAUCGUGGAAACGAUCAAUUCGUUCGGAUGACGAAUCCCACAACAUGCAGCCUAUCCCUAUUAACAUCAGUCGACGGACCGAGGUGGAUGUCAUGAAAGAAGCAAAUGUUAGCAUGGGUACCCGUACGGCGUCAACGGACAGUCUCCCAAAGCGAGACCCGGCCUCAAAGGAUAGUAAAUUCGGUCAAUAUUCCGUUUAG